GGUAUGAAUAGAGAGUGUUUGUGUGCGGUCGUUGUGGUGUUGUUCGUGCAGAUAAGUCUAGUCGGCACGUGCAGCACGAACAAGGACUGCGCUGACAACGCACACUGUGACGACGACCACUGUGUCUGCGACGACGAACACGUUGGACACGGAAAGUACCUGUGCCAACCUGACGCUACGUCAUGUGCGUGCGUGAGCUACGGGGACCCGCAUAUCCGUACGUUCGAGGGCGACCAGCUGAAUGCCGUGUUUCCCUGUACACACGUGCUGGCACAGUACAGUACGGAUACGUGUGGCCCUGUGGUUGUGUACGGUACGAGCGUACGGAGGGGUACGGGUGUGUCGGCAGUGUACGAGUCGGAGGUGUUCUGGUUUAUUCAGAGGGGAACAACGUCAUUCAGCGGCCGUAUUUCCGGGGAUGGAAUAUUUGUGGACUCGGACUCACCUACCGCCUUGCCAGCGACGCUUGGUGAUUCCAACCUCUCAGUGCAUCUCUCCCAGGACAGACGGUGGUAUUAUACCGUCUCCUCCCCCCAGUGCCACACCCAGGUCGCCUUCCACUGGCAGGGGGUCAUCACGCUAGCCGCACCCCGGAGUCAAACGAGUUAUGGGCACAGCACGUGCGGUACGUGUGGGGGUAGCGGGUCGGCGCUCGUGGAGUUGGGGAAGAAGGUAUUCGGGACUUCCAACUUCAGUGUUCGACAGAAACGGGCUUUAGAUCUGACCAAUGAGCUUGUGACGACGGUUGACAGCGACAAUUCGUUAUGCAGCAACAUUUCAAGAUCGACCCUGAGAUGUAAAACAGACAGGGCUGUUGUUCUUGCAGCAGAGGCAUGUGUCGAUUUUACCGACCGUACGGGGGUGUUCCGGCAUUGUCUCGGAGCUAAGGGGACGCCGGAAGUGACGUUGGGGGCGCUGGCCCGGUGUGUUUCGGCUCACUGCGCAGGGGAUUUAAGUUCUGCGUGUAGCAUUAAAGUAGAGCAUGGACGUCAGUGCGUGCCGGUUGUUGAUGUCAAGUGUUGAGUGAUAUUAAAGUUUCUAGUAAGUUAUCUUGUA